AUGUCAGCAGACUUCUGGAACUCUUCCCAGCAUAACAAGUGGCAGCUUACGCGGCACUCGCUUCUCGAGAGCCGACGUAGGCUCCUCUUGCUCGAGCGCAAGAUGAUCCAGAACGGACUCAUCAAAGACUUCAACGUUGCCUACGACUACAACAUGAGGAUCUAUCUCCAUAAUCUCAUCAUCAAGUUAGGACGAAGACUCAACAUCCGCCAGGUGGCGUUAGCAUCGGCCGAGAUCUACCUCACUCGAUUUCUCACCCGUGUGCUGUUGAAGGAAAUCAACGUAUACUUGCUUGUUACCACCUGCCUCUACGUGGCAUGCAAAAUCGAGGAGUGCCCCCAACAUAUCCGGUUGAUCAUCCUGGAAGCCCGCAACUUGUGGCCCGAGUAUAUUCCCCACGAUGUCACCAAGCUCGCGGAGUUCGAGUUCUACCUCAUCGAGGAGAUGGAUUCCUUCCUCUUUCUCCAUCACCCCUACCGCUCACUCCUCCAAAUACGGGACUUCUUGAUUGAGAACCAGGCAGUUUACGGAUUCACGUUGAAUGACGACGAGCUCCAAAACGCAUGGUCCUUGAUCAACGACAGCUACAUAACGGACUUGCAUCUCCUUCUCCCCCCACAUAUCAUCGCAGUGACCUCCAUCUACAUAACCAUCGUUCUCAAAAAACACCUUUCCGCCAUAAGAGGAAGAAACGAAGGUGCUGUUCCUGGACAAAAGCCGGACUCCUCCACUAUGCAUAUAGACGACCUCAUGACCCUAGCCAACCCUAAGGAUACAACUCAAUCAGAGCCUGGUCUGAAGAGUCAGCCGGUAGAGCUUGAAGGCACCAAUUUCCAGGAUAUGAAAUUGGACGAGGACACCAUCAAAAUCAACCGUUUCAUGAAUUUCUUGGACCAUUCACACAUAAAUCUCGACGAGGUGGUAGAGGCCAUGCAGGACAUUAUCAACAUCUAUGUGAUCUGGAACAGGUACAAUGAGGGUACCGUCAAGAAGACGCUUCAGAUGAUGCUAUUAAAUAGGUAA